AAUCACAGUCAACGCCAAUCAAAGCUUGAUUUGUGGAUCGAAUCUCAGUGAAUAAAUCAAACUGUAAUUGCUGUAAUUAGGUCCUAAAGUUUAGAUGUUUGUCUGACAGUUUACCUCUUUUAGACUAGACGUACUCCUUUAUAACCAUGUAUAUGAGUUGUACAGACACACAAGAAAAUACAGAGAAACCUUUCUCAUUCUUUUCUCCAUUAUCAGUUUCUUUAUGGUAUCAGAGCACCAUCCUGGUGCCUGAUAUUGCUCACUUUGCUUCCGCCAAUAUCAUUGACCACCAUGACUGAAACUUUAUCAGAGAAGAAGUUGACAGAGGUUAUGGAUUUCAACGAUCCCUAUUAUAUUCACCCUUCAGAUCACACUGGGCACGCUAUCGUCACUCGACCUUUGGAGGGUGACAACUAUGCGACGUGGAGUCGCGCCAUGAUAAUGUCUCUGGAAGCUAAGAAUAAGCUUGGCUUUGUCGAUGGCACAAUCAAAGCACCUUCAGCGAAGGAUCCUAAAUAUGGAGCUUGGAGAAGAUGCAAUCAAAUCGUGAAGUCGUGGAUCCUCAAUUCAAUUAGCCCAACCUUAACCAAUACGGUGAUCUUUUCCGACACAGCCGCUGAAGUCUGGGCAGAUCUCAAUGAACGGUUCUCACAAGGGAAUUUUUCUCGUAUUUUUGAACUCAAACGAGGGAUCGUUGAGCACCGUCAACAACAACAGUCCAUAGCUGUCUACUAUACAACGCUCAAAUCCUUUUGGGACGAACUGGGAUCGUACAACGAUCCACCUUCAUGUAACUGCGCAGGUUUGAAGCAGAUUGCUGAAAGGGAAGAGCAGGAGCAGAUCCUCCAAUUCCUCAUGGGGUUGAAUGACACAUAUUCUGCCAUUCGUGGACAAAUCCUUUUGAUGCAGCCACUUCCCAAUAUUAGAAAAAUCUACUCACUCUUACUCCAAGAAGAAAAACAGAGGCAGCUUGCUGAUGCUCGUGACGGCCCUAUUCAUGCCAUGAACGUGAAGAAAAGCACAAAGAACACAGAGAAUAGGCAACCUGCAAAAUCACAAGACAACAAAGGGAAAUCCUUGUAUUGCACACACUGUGAAGGUGAUACACACACAGUUGAUCGCUGCUACUACAUCAUCGGCUUUCCUCCAGGGCACAAGUUCCAUGGCAAAGCAGUCAAGCCACCAAACAGGAACAAACGCUUCACAGCCAAUAAUGCUCACGGCACGACCAAACCCACCACUGCAGAGAAUGCACAUCAGAACUUUCCUCAAUUCACAGAGGAGGAGUACAAUCAGAUAAGGGCCUUACUCGGUAAAACCCAAUUUUGUGGAAAUGUAACAGGACCUGAAAACGAUGAAGGUGAUUGGCCUGGGGAAGGAGCAUAAUGGUCUCUACUACCUGUCCAAAAACACAGCCAUCAAGCCACCACCAGAAAUUCGAGCCAACACCACCUCUACCAUUCCAGAUUUAUGGCACUGCCGCCUAGGACACCCUUCUACUGCACCAUUACAAUUUUUAUCCAAGAUAGUUCCUAAUAUUUCUUUUCAUCCUAAUAAGCAUUGUGAAAUUUGCCCCAUGGCAAAACAAACUAGAUUGCCUUUCAAUUUAAGUUCAAUUUCAUCA